GGACAAGCGGAUACUCCCUAAACAAUUUUAGGGUUUUAUUGAAACAAGCGGUAACAAACCACCUACAGUUCUAACCGCAGCCCAGCACUUUCACAUUGUACCCAAUCUUCUUUUCCAAAAAAAAUCAAAAUCAAAAUCAAGUUUUCUCAAGAAAAUUGCUCUAGUCUUUAACUACACUCUUUUUAAGUUUUUGUUGAACAUGAAAAUCAUGGAGCAAGAAGGAGAGGAUUUUGAAGAAAGGAAAGAUAUCAAAUUUUUGAACGAAGAAGAAGAGGAAACUAAGGUUUAUGAGAGUGGAGUAGACGCUGAAGAAGAAGAUGACGAUGAAGACGAGGAAGAUGAAGACGAGGACGAUGAAGACGACGAGGAUGAUGACGACGACGAGGAUGAUGAUGAUGAUGAGGUGCAGGUUUUACACUCUUCUAGUGGACCAGCAGGACAGUCUGUGAACGAUGACAACGAGGAGGAUGCAGACGAGGAGGAGGAUGGUGAGGGAGGUGAUGACGAUGACGACGACGAUGACGACGACGACGAGGAUGAAGAGGAGGAUGGAGAAGACGAGGAGGAUAUGGGCACUGAGUAUCUUGUCCGGCCAGUUGGUCGUGCUGAAGACGAGGAAGAUGCUUCUGAUUUUGAACCAGUAGAUAAUGGUGAUGAUGAAGACAUUGACGAGGAGGACGAUGAAGACGAUACUGAGCCUGCUGGGAAGGUUGAGGCCCCAAUAAAGAGGAAGAGGUCGGAUAAAGAUGACUCGGAUGAUGGUGGUGGUGGGGAGGAUGAUGAGAGACCAUCCAAGCGAUAAGGCUGGGACCCUUGUUUGGUUUACUGACCAUUUAACAUGUAGGUCAAUCUCUCUAUCCCUCUCUCUUAAGCCCAUCUCAUUGUAGAAAGAAGGAUAGCAUGCUCUUGGAUUAUGUUUUUUCAGUCCUGUAUCAUCAUGUUGCAGUAUUUUUUUAGGAUUAAAUGUUUUAUUUGGAUCAGCACAGUUAUUUGGGGUUUGCAAGAACUAUCUAAAUCAGUUGUUUUAGAUUUGUGUAAGCCAUGACCUUAGAUAAGUUACUCUUUUGAAUACUUGUUUAACUUUUGGGUUUAUCACUAGAUAAGGUUAUGCUCAGCUUCAUGAAUUACUCCAUGAUCCAUUGAAUGGAUGUUGGAUCA